AUGGGAAAAACGCAGAGAUGGGAAAAAUGCAGAGAUGGGAAAAUGCAGAGAUGGGAAAAUGCAGAGAUGGGAAAAACGCAAACAUGGGAAAAUGCAGAGAUGGGAAAAACGCAAACAUGGGAAAAACGCAAAUAUGGGAAAAACUCAUAUAUGGGAAAAAAGCGUAUGGGAAAAAUGCAAACAUGGGAAAAACGCAAACAUGUGAAAAUCGCAGACAUGGGAAUAACGCAACCAUGGGAAAAAAGCAAUAUGGGAAAUACGCAAACAUGGGAAAAACCCUUAUAUGGGAAAAACCCUUAUAUGGGACAAAUGCAAAUAUGGGAAAAACGCAAAUAUGGGAAAAACGCAAAUAUGGGAAAAACGCAAAUAUGGGAAAAACGCAAAUAUGGGAAAAACGCAAAUAUGGGAAAAACGCAAAUAUGGGAAAAACGCAAAUAUGGGAAAAACGCAAAUAUGGGAAAAACGCAAAUAUGGGAAAAACGCAAAUAUGGGAAAAACGCAAAUAUGGGAAGAACGCAAAUAUGGGAAGAACGCAAAUAUGGGAAGAACGCAAAUAUGGGAAGAACGCAAAUAUGGGAAAAACGCAAAUAUGGGAAAAACGCAAAUAUGGGAAAAACGCAUAUAUGGGAAAAACGCAAAUAUGGGAAAAACGCAAAUAUGGGAAGAACGCAAAUAUGGGAAGAACGCAAAUAUGGGAAAAACGCAAAUAUGGGAAAAACGCAAAUAUGGGAAAAACGCAAAUAUGGCAAAAACGCAAAUAUGGCAAAAACGCAAAUAUGGGAAAAACGCAAAUAUGGCAAAAACGCAAAUAUGGCAAAAACGCAAAUAUGGCAAAAACGCAAAUAUGGCAAAAACGCAAAUAUGGCAAAAACGCAAUGA